UUUAAAGAUGAUUUCCUCCUCAGAUCGAUGCUUUGCCUUAGAGAGCUCAGCAGGCUUAAAAAUGCCGGUGGAAUGCAAGCUGAAACUGGAGGAGGACAGGGAGUCCGGCAUUGGAUCCACCAUUGACCUGACAGGCAGCUCUGAGGGUGAACAUCCCAGUCGCCUGUUCACUGUUCUGUCAAUAAACACCCCUGACAGAGAAAGUUCUCAGCACGCUACAGCUGGCAGUCCAGGCAAGAUCAAGCAGCUCCUUAUCAAGCUGUCAAAGAUCCCUCUCCUUUUCAUCCUCCUCUACUUCUUCAUUUGCUCUUUGGACACGCUGAGCUCUGCCUUCCAGUUGGCAGGGGGUAAAGUGGCAGGAGACAUUUUCCGAGACAAUGCCGUGCUUUCCAACCCUGUGGCAGGGCUGGUGGUGGGGAUCCUUGUUACCGUCUUGGUUCAGAGCUCAUCUACCUCCACCUCCAUUGUUGUCAGUCUGGUGGCCUCAGGAUUGUUGGAGGUGAAGUUGGCAGUUCCAGUUAUCAUGGGCUCCAAUAUUGGAACCUCAGUCACAAACACCAUAGUGGCCAUGAUGCAGGCCGCGGAGAGAAAUGAAUUUCAACGGGCUUUUGCUGGAGCAACGGUCCACGACUGCUUCAACUGGCUUUCGGUGCUGGUGCUGUUGCCUCUGGAGGUGAUGAGUGGCAUCAUCACACGUCUGUCCCAACAGCUGGUCAGCGUCUUUAAACUGCAGGCUGAGGAGGAAGCACCUGAGCUCCUUAAGAUCAUCACUGAGCCACUUACAAAACUCAUUAUUCAGCUGGAUAAAUGUGUGAUCACAGAGAUCGCAUUGGGAAAUGAGGGUUUGAGGAACCGGAGCUUGGUGAAAGAGUGGUGCCUGACUGACACCGCGUUGUCUGCUGCCAAUAGAAGCGUUAUAAACUGUGAACUUGGUUCUGAAUCACUGUCAACACAUGUCAAGUGCCGACAUUUGUUUGCAUCUACAGAGCUGUCAGAUCUCACAGUAGGCCUCAUCCUCCUGGCUGCCUCCCUGGCUGCUCUCUGCACGUGUUUGCUGCUUUUGGUCAAACUGCUUAACUCGCUUCUUCAAGGCCAAGUGGCAAAGGUCAUCCAUAAAGUUAUUAACACAGACCUCCCACAUCCAUUUGGUUGGCUGGCAGGUUAUAUUGCCAUGUUUGUAGGUGCAGUUGUUACAUUUGUUGUCCAGAGUAGCUCCGUUUUCACCUCAACAAUGACUCCACUAGUAGGAAUUGGUAUCAUCAGUCUGGAGCGGGCCUACCCUCUAACAUUGGGCUCUAACAUCGGCACCACAGCCACAGCUUUACUGGCAGCUCUGGCCAGUCCUGGAAACAAACUAGCAGCUUCCAUACAGAUUGCUCUCUGCCAUCUCUUCUUCAAUGUUUUUGGCAUCCUGCUGUGGUAUCCUAUUCCAUUCAUGCGUCUGCCAAUAAGGAUGGCUUAUGUUCUGGGUGAGCGCACCGCCAAAUACCGCUGGUUUGCCGUAUUGUACCUCCUCCUCUGUUUCCUGCUGCUUCCUUCCCUGGUGCUGGCCCUCUCGCUGGCCGGCUGGAGGGUGAUGGCUGGAGUCGGGGGUCCUUUUCUGGGUGUCACUAUCUUCAUUGCUGCUGUAAAUAUGGCGCAGGCCCACAGCCCUCAGCAUCUGCCUACUAAACUCCGGACUUGGGACUUCCUACCUAAGUGGAUGCAUUCUCUCAAACCCCUUGACCGCUUGAUCACCAAGGCCACUAUUUGUUGCAGUUUUACUUGUAAAGCAGUACAGAAUGAAGAUGAGGGGGAUGAAGAGCAGAUCUCACCACACAUAAUGCCUGUUAGAAUACAGGAUGAGUUGCCUUCGCCUAAGGGAAAAGAAAAACUAGCUUAUAGUAACCCAGUUCUGGACUGCUUGGAGGAGAUCCGGCCAGGUGUGGCAGUUUUUAAACUGAAAGGGUUGGAGAGAUGCAACAGUACUCCACUGUAGUCAGAUUAAUAAUAAUAAUAAAAAAAAAAAAUCACUUUUUACUAAACUGUGAGAAGCAAAAAUUUAUUAAAAAUAUGCUUUCUUCUUUUGUUUCUGAGACAAAAGCAGAUUAUUUUCCUGAAGCCUUUGUA